AUGUCUGCUCCAAAUUCUCCUGCGUUCGUAACUUCCGACGAUGAACACGAAGGGACGAGUAGCUCACAGAAACAAAAAUGUAAUGAAGAAACAACAAAACCAAAGUCAGCGACCACCUCACUUAACAAAUCCCGGCGCCCUGCCAAGGGGAGUGGAUUCAAUUUAGUUUCUUAUGGCCUUGACAACGAUGAUGGAGACAGCGAUUCAGUAGAUGAUGGAUCCGACGCAAUCUACUCCAACUCUUCCGUCAGCAGUGAUGCCGAUGAUGAAAGCCUUGCGGGGGACGCCGGGACUCUCCACUUUGUUGUCUCUGAGGGCGGUCCACUCACUGUGCUCAGCUCGGAGCACAAGAUAUCUGACUUUCAGGCGGCCAUCGAAGCCGCACAGGAGUCGCCGGUGUCACCCGCGGGCGACACUCAAGGCGAUAUCGGUGAACAGAAAGAGGACCAACAAACUUCCCACUCACCUUCACCCUCGGAUAUCACAAGUCAGAGACAGCAGCUUGAUGUCACACUUCCCCCUGAACCAAAGGAAUUGUGUAGCAUGCAUUUGCAAAACGUCGUAGAGAGCACUGUGCGCCGCAUGCAGCAUGACAUUGGAUUUGACCCUAACCGCAUGAUACAAGAUAAUAAGGCCUUCAGGAAUCCAAGCAUCUACAAAAAGCUCAUCAGUUUCUUGGAUAUCGACGAAAAAGGCACGAACUUCUCUCCGGAUAUUUUUAACCCCUACCGGUGGGACUCCAACUCAUUCUAUGAUAAACUUGGGGAGAUCCAGAAUCGUGAGGUUGAACGUCUCGAAAAGCUGCGCAAGGAACGCCGAAAAGCCGAAGCUAGUGGCGCAACGGGCACCAAUUUGCCAACCGGACUACAGCGCACCGCUAGCGGACCGAACCUUCGGCCCAGCAACACAAACGCAAUUCCCGACAAGCGCUCCGAGGUGAAAAAAAAGACAAAAUGGGACACAGUCGAACCCGUCGAUGCUACUCAAACACAGUCCAAGAUCCCUGCGCCCCGGCUCGCUGAAUCGGCAACAGCCAAAGUGAGUAUUCCCGCCAUCGGUAACCUCUUUCAAAAGAAGUAG